GCUGAGGGGCCGCGCGGAGUCCCCGGGCCGGGCCAGGCCGCACCCCGGGCCCCCAGCGAGCCCCCGGCCAGGCCGGCCCGCGGGAAGGGCCGCAGCGAGCCCGCCUGGGUUCCGGACACAGCUCCCACACUGCUCACCCGGCCCAGCGCGGCCCCAGGCUGCCGCCCUCCUGAGCCCCAGACGUGGGAACCGGGACCGGCUCCCUGGGAGUAGCGGGGGGUAAGGCGAGGGCUGAGGGGAAGCAUCUCUCAGCCGCCCCAGGACCUGCACCGAGCGCAGGAGCGCAGGGGACGUGCCGGCCGCCCCGGGCAGCACGCCAAGCGCGGUGUCGGUCACCGAGCCCCUCUGGGCACCUCGGCCCCCCUCGGCAGCUGCAGGUGCCAGCGCCAGCCAUCAGCCAGAGACGCGCCGGGACAAGGCUCCCAGGGCACCGGGGGCACGGCACAGCAUGGAUCCGUCGCCAGAACCAGACGCUUCACACGAACCACAUAGUGCCUACCCUGAAGGUGCCUACCCUGAAGGUGCCUACCCUGAAGGUGCUUACCCUGAAGGUGCCUACCCUGAAGAUGCCUAUGAAGGUGGGCAUGGCCCUUACCAGCCACACGAACCGGGUUAUGGUCUUGACCAGCCCGGAUACAGCCCGUAUGAGGAUGAGAUUCCCGAUGCACAAGCCCGGAUGCUGGCGAUCAAGAAUGCAAAAGCCUAUUUACUGACGACCAGCACAAAAUCUGGCCUGAACUUAUAUGAUCAUUUAGCGACUAUACUGACCAAGAUCCUGGAUGAACAGCCCGCAAAUACAGUAGACAUAAUUGAGACCAUCAGCCAGGAUGUGAAGUGGGCGCAGUUUCGGAAAAAAAUGGACACUCUUCGAGACGAACAUCUGAUCCCUCCAACAUUUGAAGCUGCAGAAAAGUGUAAAGCUUUGUUCAUCAAGGAAGCUGGAGAAGAAGAACCUGAAGAACUAGAUGAAGAGAUGGGAGAGCCUGCUCUACCCAAUGUGAUGGAAACAGCCUUUUAUUUUGAACAGGCUGGAAUUGGCCUGAGCAAAGAUGAAUGCUAUUACAUAUUCCUUGCCUUUAAAAACCUAAUUAGUGUUCAGCCAAUCCAGACCUGUCGCUUCUGGGGCAAAAUUUUGGGCCUGGAAAUGAACUAUAUUAUAGCUGAAGUACAGUUACGGGAGGGGGAAGAGGAGGAGGAGGAAAGAGAAGAGGAAGAAGAGGAAACUGUUGCAGAAGAAGAGAAAGAGAUGGGUGAGGGUGAGGAAGAAGUGGAACAGAAAGAAAAAGAACCUGAACCACCAAAGUCCACUUAUAAACCCCCACCUGAGAUCCCAAAAGAAGCAAAUGGGACUGGGACGAAUAAAUAUGUCUAUUUUGUGUGUAAUGAGCCAGGCAAACCCUGGGUGAAGUUGCCUCCAGUGACACCAGCCCAGAUUGUCUGUGCCAGGCAAAUCAAGAAGUUCUUCACUGGUCGCUUGGAUGCUCCUAUUGUGAGCUUCCCUCCUUUUCCUGGGAACGAGGCCAACUACCUGCGCGCACAGAUAGCGCGGAUCUCAGCGGGAACUCACGUCUCUCCCACUGGGUUCUACCAGUUUCCAGAGGACGAAGAAGAAGAAGAAGGAGGAGAUACAUAUGAAGAAAACCCUGAGUUUGAGCCUCCUCCUGUGGCUGAAAUGGUGGAGUCCCUGGCCAUGUGGGCACACCAUGUCAAGUGCAUUCUGAAGCAGGGUCGCUGUGUUUGGAUUAAUCCUGCUCAAAAAUCAGAGGAAGAUGAAGAAGAAGGUGAAGAGGAGGAAGAGGAGGAGGAAGAAGAGCGCCAGGAAGAAACAGGACAACCCCUCCUUACUCUGAUCUCUGAAGAUGAAGGCAUGAAAAACAUCCCUGCUUGGACAGCUCAGGCUUCUACAAACCUGAUCCCAGAAUAUUCAAUUGCAAUCCUGCAGUCUAACCGAUGGCCUGGAGCUUAUGCCUUUGCAUCUGGCAGGAAAUUUGAGAACAUCUACUUCGGCUGGGGUCACAAAUACAAUCCAGAAAGCCACACUCCUGCGCUGCCCCCGCCGGCAGAGGCAGAAUUUCCCACUGAGCCAGGAAUCACUGAGGCAGCAGACCCCACUGUGGAAGAGGAGCUGGCUUUCAAGGCUGCGCAGGAAGAAGCCUUAGCCGAAGCUGAGGAAGAGGAAGAAGAGGAAGGGGAAGAUGAUUAAAAUAUGGAAGAAAACAGAUUGUUUUAAAAGUUUGAACAUAAAAAGAGUUUUCAUAACGUAGUCAUUUUUUUGCUGACCUCAAAAGAAAUUAUUUUUGAGUGUGCCUUCUUUUUUGAUUUCUGUAGGCUUUUCUUUGCAGCUAUAUUCCUCUCCUUCCCCACCCCUAAACCUCUCCACACUGGCAUGAAAGCUUUUUCUGUUUGUUUGACUAAGCAAACAUAGUCUGCUUCCUAAAAUGAUACUGCUUUGAACAAAGAACUACCACCCACAAGAUGUUCACAC